UGUUACUGCCGCUCUCCACCUAAAGCUGUCAUUUACAGGUUAAUGUUGUUAUUAAACAGUUAUAUAUAUAUACAUAUAUACAAAUAAGGUGUAUAUAUAUGUAUAUAUUUAUAUGAAUAUAAUCUCACACGCUGUGGCAAACACUGUCUAUUUAUUUAUUUAUAUAUACAUGUAGCUAUAUAUUUCCCUCUUCACUUUCGAAAGACUUUUUUCUCCCCCACCCAGUUUGUCGGUGUCGUCUAAAGAAACACUCAUGGAUCCUCGAGAGAAUUCCGAUUUAUACGAUGGUGGAACUGUUAGUGUAUCUACUGGGGCCAGUCGGUCUACCACUGGUGCCAGUAGUGAAUCAGUGUCCACUUCGGACCGUUCCAUGCCUCAACAGUCUCCAAGUACCAGUUCAAAAGAGAGUGCUGGCUCGCCUUCCAAAUCACUCUGUUCCUCGACAUCGACAUCUUCGGAAAAUGUCCCGGCAGCGACCACCGUCAACGUUGCUCACAGCGCUGUUUUAUCAACUUCGGAACCUGCCACUGUCAAGCCUCACCGGGACACACUUAAAUAUGGGCAGUCUGAAGAACUGCCACUUUUUGAAGGCGAAAAGAAUCAAGGAAUGGCUCAUGAUGUCACUUAUCUGUGCCCUUACAGUGGGGCUGUAAAAGGAACCUUGACUGUCACGAAUUACAGACUUCACUUCCGAAGUGCUGAAAGGAUACCAGGUUAUGAAGGCAUUCAUCACUUGUAUUCAGACCAGACACUGCUUAAGGAUUCCUUUUUCAUUCUGGAUGUCCCUCUUGGAGUUAUCUCCCGUGUUGAGAAGAUUGGUGGUGUUUCAAGCAGAGGAGAGAACUCAUAUCGAAUUGACAUCCUCUGUAAAGACAUGAGGAAUUUGAGAUUUGCCCACAAACAGGAAAACCAUUCUCGCAGACAAGUCUUUGAGAAGAUUCAACUAUAUGCUUUUCCAAUUACCAACAAAUUUGUGAGUAGAGACAUAUCUUUUCUUUCUUUAUUUCAUAUUCAUGGAAAGUGGACGUUAAACGAUGAUGAUGUAUUUGUGUUUCCUUUACAGGGGAUACCGAACACUUGGCGAAUCAGCCGUGUUAAUGAAAACUAUGAGCUGUGUGAUACAUACCCAAGUUUGCUGGUUGUUCCUAAAACGGCUUCCGAUGAGUAUUUGCGUCAUGUUGCUGGAUUCCGUAGCAGAGGACGUCUUCCAGUGAUGUCAUGGAUCCACCCAGAGUCGCAGGCGACCAUCACUCGUUCCAGCCAACCUUUGGUCGGAGUCACUGGCAAGAGGAAUAAAGAAGAUGAACAAUACAUUCAGAUGAUUAUGGAUGCAAAUGCCCAGUCGCACAAACUGUUCAUCAUGGAUGCUCGACCCAGUGCAAAUGCCAUGGCCAACAAGGCUAAAGGAGGGGGGUAUGAGAACGAGGAUGCUUAUCACAAUGCUGAGCUGAUUUUUUUUGAUAUUCCUAACAUCCAUGUGAUGAGAGAGAGUUUAAGAAAGUUAAAAGAUGUGUGUUUCCCCAACAUCAAUGAAACUCACUGGUUGUCCAAUAUUGAGUCGACACGCUGGCUGGACCACAUCAAGCAAAUCUUAGCUGGUGCUGUUCGUAUUGCUGACAAAGUGGAAUAUUACAAGACUUCUGUAUUAGUUCAUUGCAGCGAUGGUUGGGACCGAACUGCUCAGCUCACCUCUCUUGCAAUGAUCAUGCUGGAUCCAUAUUAUCGAACUGUGAAGGGGUUUGAAAUCCUAAUAGAAAAAGAGUGGCUCAGUUUUGGACAUAAGUUCGCUCAAAGAAUCGGGCAUGGUGAAGACAAACACUCAGAUGCGGACCGUUCUCCUGUAUUUUUGCAGUUUAUUGACUGUGUGUGGCAAAUGGCCAAUCAGUUUCCAAUUGCUUUUGAAUUCAACGAAUACUUUUUGAUUACCAUCAUGGACCAUCUGUAUUCAUGCCUCUUUGGAACAUUCUUGUACAAUUCUGAACAACAACGAGUUAAAGAGGAACUGAAGACAAAAACCCAUUCCCUGUGGGGUUACAUCAACAGCAGCGUAGAGGAUUAUCUUAAUCCUCUCUAUGCCACUUACCUAGACCAACAUGUCUUACUACCAGUUGCCAGUAUGAGGCAGUUAGAACUUUGGAUUGGAUAUUACUGCCGAUGGAACCCAUGCCUAAGGCCACAGGAACCAAUCCACCUCCGGAAUAAUGUGUUGCUGAAGCUGAAGAACCAUUUGCAGAAGGAGUAUGAAAGUCUGAUGAAAGAACAAGAAAGCAGGAAUGCCCGUGGCACAAGCAGUAGCAGCAGCAGCCAGGCUGUGAAUUCUACAGCUUCAAUGUCUUCAAGUUCAGCUCAGAGGGUAGCGUCUCCCGUUAGCACCUGAGAUUGUCAAAACAGUCUCAAGAAACGAUUUUUGAAGAAUAUAGAAAAUGCAAAAAUAAAACAAAAAAUUAUGUGUAUUGAGGUAUAAAAAAAUAUUAAAAAAAUAAACAAUGUGAGCAUGCUUGUGUAUAUGCUUGUAUGAGUGGUGAUUGUGUGUGUGUAUAGAUAAAUGUGUGUGUGUGUGUGUGUGUGAAUGAAUAAAUAAAUAAAUGUAUGUAUUUUUACCCAAUUUUAUGUGUAAACAUACAUUGUUACAUACUCAUACAUGAAGCAUAAACACUCAUAUAUGUAUAUGUGUAUACAUAUGUAUGUAUGCAUGUAUAUGUAUAUAUGUAUAUUUGUAUGUGUAUAUAUAUAUAUAUAUAUAUAUAUAUAUAUAUAUACACAUGUAUAUAUAAAUAAAAAUGUAUGUAUAUAUAUAUAUAUAUAUAUAUAUGUGUGUACAUGUGUGUGUAUAUAUAUGUGAGUGUAUAUGUAUGUGUGUAUAUAUGUGUAUAUAUAUUCAUGUAUGUGUGUGUAUAUAUAUGUAUGUGUGUGCAUAUGUAUGUGCGUGUGUGUGUAUAUAUGUAUGUAUAUAUUUGUAUGUAUAUAUAUAUAUGUAUGUAUAUAUAUAUGCAUAUAUAUAUAUAUGUAUGUAUGUUUGCAUGUAUGUAUGCAUGUAUGUCUGUAUAUAUGUAUGUAUGUAUAUAUUUGUAUGUAUAUAUAUAUAUAUAUAUGUGUAUGUAUAUGCAUAUAUAUAUGUAUGUAUGUUUGCAUGUAUGUAUGCAUGUAUGUAUAUAUAUAUGUAUGUAUGUAUAUAUUUAUGCAUAUAUAUGUGUAUAUAUAUAUAUAUAUAUAUAUAUAUAAUAUAUGUAUAUGUAUGUAUACAUUUAUGUGUGUAUGUAUAUAUGUAUGUAUACAUAUAUGUGUGUAUGUAUAUAUGUAUGUAUACAUAUAUGUAUGUACAUAUAUAUGUGUGCAUGUAUAUAUGUGUAUGUAUGUAUAUAUAUAUAUACAUAUAUAUAUAUAUAGUGUUUAUGUAUAUAUAUAUGUAUAUGUAUGUAUAUAUGUAGGUGAUUAUAUGUAUAUGUAUGUAUAUAUAUAUAAUAUAUGUAUAUAUAUUUAUGUAUGAACUCCACUCCUGUAUGUUUGAAGAUCUAUUUUGUAAAUAUUUAAAAAAACAAAAGCCUUAACAAAUAACAAUGAAAAGCUGCAAAAAAAAAAAAAAAUCAACAUCACUUUCUUAUUUGCGCUAUAUAUAUUAAUCCCAUACACAUACGCACAUAAACAUUUAUAGGUCACGCAUAUACAGACACACACAUGUAAAUCUAUCUGUUUGUCUGUCUGUCUGUCUGUAUGUAUGUAUACACACAUAUAUAAUUCACUUAAUAGCUGGAAAUGGCCUUUGUUAUGAGAUUACAAAACCAUAAUAUGAGUCAGUAUUCUUGUCUUUUAUAAUAUAAUAUUUGUAUUUUAUUUAUUCUUUUUUGUUUUCUCUAAAAAAUUCCUCAAUUAAGAAUUCUGCCUUUUUUUUUUUUUUUUUUUACUCUGGAAUACCCAGCAAGUAUGUGGUUUUACCAGUAUGCAUGUGGAAUAAAUGUCUGUUGAUACUUCAAGUGCAUCUUGCUUACUCUUCUCCUUCAUACGCCAUGGCCUGUUAAGGACUCUCUUUCUUUCUCGUAACCCACACCAGAACACAGAGGCAAAGCGAAUAAAAAUUUUAAACUGCACACAACAUGAAAUCUUUCAAACACUGCACUGAUGCACUUGGAACUCUCUGUGAGAGGUUGUGCUUGCUAUGUGCCCUGACUGAGCAGGUAGAGCUAAGGUUCAUCAUGUAGAUUAUCAUUAUCUUAAGUUUGCCUUCAUUUAUUUAAGAACUGUGUGUGUGUGUGUGUGUGUGUGUGUGUGUAUGUAUGUAUGAUUUUUGCAUGCAUAUGAAUACAUACAAAGUUGAAGACUUGGUAGUAUCUUAUAUACACAUGUAGAAGAGAUGUGUGUGUGUGUGUGUGUGUGUAUUCAAGUGCAAUGGAUGCCAUGUAGCAACUGGGAUUUCACUGAUGGCAUUCAAUUUCUUUGUAAUGUACGAAAUACACACACAUGCAUGCAUACAAAUAUACCUUCACACAUACACACACAGACAUUACAUGCACACGCUUGUGUUUGAAGUGUUUAGUGUGAGAUUGGUAUGUACAUCUAUGCAUCUCUGAGUAUAUUCACACGCAUACACACAUGAACAUAGACAUAUUUUUACAUAUGCACACACACACACACACACACAUUACCAUCAAAUAUACAUUCACUAUAUGUAUGUAUGUGUGUGUGUGUAAUGUUUGAAAGAGAGAGAGAAACUAGCUGUUUGUGUGCAAAUGAAUCUUAUCAUAUCUCUCAACUAUUAUUUUAAUUAAAAGCAGUGGAUAUUUCGAAUAAGAACCAUGGAGAUUAAAUGCAUUCUGGAAUUCAUUUCCAUUUCUCAUGGUUCCACAUUCAAAUUCCAUCCAGAUGGGGUUGAUAGAAUAAUUAACCCUAAAUGCUUAAUUGGAAUCAAUCUAAUUUUAACUAUUCUUUCAUCCCACCAAAUACUUAUUGUUCAAUAAUUACUCUUUUAAUUACCAUUACAAAAAAAAAAAACCCAAAAAGCAAACAAAGACCCCAAAAUUCAGUGCUUCAUUUUUUUUUUUAAAUAAUUUUAUACAGCAUUUUGUGUGCAAGCUUUUGUGUCAACAAUAAAUAUAUUUUAUCUUAAA